AUGACAAGCAACGCUCGUUCCGUCCCGUCGACGGACCCUAGCGUCUACGAUGAGUUCAAGGCGAAGUGGUCCAGCCUUCCAACAGACGAGAGCAACUGGCUGCAGCGAGCCAAAGACGUCGCAACAGUCUUGGCUCAAGAUGCAGCCAUUAGAGAGAAGGAAAACAAAUCACCUCGCGCAGAGAUCGCCCUUUUGAAGCACUCCAGUUUGUUGAAGGUUCUCGGCUGGAAGAAGUAUGGUGGUGGCGAGCAACCAUGGAGCGUGGGAUACAAGGUGAUCCGAGAAGUUGCCAAGGGCGAUGGAUCCAUCGGAAUGCUUCUUGGUUACCAUCUGCUUUGGUCAACUACCGCAAAUGUGAUCGGAAGUCCAGAGCAGGCAGACCGUACCCAGGACCUCAUCAUCUCCAACAACUAUUUCGUGGGGGGCGCUGUCAACCCUCGCGACAGCGACCAUAAGAUCACUUCAGAUGGCGAUACCGUCGUCUUCAACGGCUUCAAGAACUUCAACACCGGCGGUGUCAUCUCUGACUUAACAGUGCUCGAGGGUGUUUUGGAGGGAACUGAGGACCAUCUUUACGCCAUUGUGAAGACAGAUCAGCCAGGCAUCAUCUUCUCGCACAAUUGGGACAACGUCGGUCUGCGACUCAGUGAGUCCGGAAGCGUCAAGAUCGAAAACGUCACAGCCCCUUGGGCUGAUGCUCUGGGAUGGAACGCCGCCGAGAAGAAACCUGAUCCCGCGAUUCUCAAGAUUCCAUAUGCCUCCUUGCUUUUACCAACCAUUCAGCUCGUCUUCAGCAACUUUUAUAUCGGCAUCGCAUGGGGAGCACUAGACUUUGCUUCGGCGUAUACCAGAAAAAACACUCGGGCUUGGCCCUUUGGUGGAGACAACAAGGACAAGGCGGAAGAUGAAUUCUAUAUUCUGUCUACGUAUGGCAACUUCCUGGCUCAUCUUCGUGCUGCCACGGCGCUGGCCGAUAAGGCUGGCGAAGAGAUUGACAAUGUGUACAAGUACUCUGGCGAUCCUACCGCCAGAGCAAAGCUCACCGCACAAGAGAGAGGAGAGGCCGCUGAGUGGGUUGCAAGUGUUAAGGUCACGGCCACUGACACCGGUCUGAGAGUAGCAUCGGGUAUCUUCGAGGUCACUGGCGCGAAGGCCACUGGGUCCAAGGUUGGUCUGGACAGAUUCUGGAGAGACAUCCGAACGCACUCCUUGCAUGACCCUGUUGCGUACAAGAACCGGGAGCUUGGAAGAUAUCAGCUGUUGGGCGAGGUUCCUGAGCCUACUUGGUACACAUGA